AUGUAUCAGCUUCGUAAACAAGUUGUGGGCCGUGCGCUGCAGACCCGUGCAAUCGAAUGGAGCACUAUCUCUCAAAAGCUUUCAGACCCACGUGCUCGUGCUGCAUUGGACAGUUUGCGUGAUGUACACGGCCAGAUCGCAGCUGAAGCUCGCAAUUUUGUCAAAGAGCCCGAAGCUAUUGAUUUUGACUAUUACCGCUCCGUGAUUAAGAACAAGGAACUGGUGGAUGCAAUGGAGUCCAAUUACAAGAGCAUUUCGUUUCCAAUUAUCACUCCAGAGGAGCUGGACGUUGCUGCCAAAUCGGCUGAUUUACCGGACGAUCUCCGUCUGAAUGAACAGGAUACCGUCGAUAAGCUUUUUUCUCAACUGAACGAGAAAGUGACGGACUCUAAGGCACGUAUUGAGGAACUCAAGGAACUCAUUGGUUUGAUGGAAGAGACGCGUACGACGUUGGCUACGACUAUGGAUGAAGUGACGGCCAUGUACCCGGAAGUGGAGGAAGAAAUCGAUGAUGAGAUUGCUAACCUCGAGUGGGAGAAGGACACACAAUAA